GUGUCGUGUUCGGGCUGCCGGCGGAGCCUGGUGACCCGGGCUCCGCCCUGAGGGUCACCGUUCCCUUCCGUGCGCUGGGCCCCCUGCCUUACCGCGGCUCAGCCGGCCGUGCCCGAGCUGCCGGCCAGGGCCUUGUCGCAGCCUCCUACAGUACGAGGCCAUUUUGUCCCGGUCAGGAUCGACGGCCCCUGAGGGGUGUGUACUCAUUUCUGGGCAGUGCGUGCACACACGAUUCUGUUUUUUCUUGUGAGUAUGAAUAAGAGAGGGAAAUAUACAACACUGAAUUUGGAGGAGAAAAUGAAGGUUCUAAGUAGGAUUGAAGCGGGACGAUCUCUUAAAAGUGUAAUGGAUGAAUUUGGAAUCAGUAAAUCAACAUUUUAUGACAUUAAAAAGAACAAGAAAUUGAUUUUGGACUUUGUACUGAAGCAGGACAUGCCAUUAGUAGGGGCCGAGAAGAGAAAGAGAACAACAGGAGCCAAAUAUGGUGACGUGGAUGAUGCAGUCUACAUGUGGUACCAACAGAAGCGCUCAGCUGGUGUCCCUGUGAGAGGCGUGGAGCUUCAGGCUGCUGCCGAGAGAUUUGCACAGUGUUUUGGGCGAACAGACUUCAAAGCUAGCACGGGUUGGCUUUUUAGAUUUCGAAAUAGGCAUGCAAUUGGGAACCGAAAAGUAUGUGGGGAACAAGUCCUACGUUCAGCUUCAGAAAAUGUUGAGCCGUUUCGACAAAAACUGUCCAUGCUUAUCAAAGAGGAGAAACUGUGUCUUGCUCAGCUGUACAGUGGGGAUGAGACUGACCUCUUUUGGAAGUCAAUGCCAGAAAAUACUCAGGCAAGCAGAAAAGAUAUCUGCCUGCCAGGGAGGAAAAUAAACAAAGAACAAUUGUCUGCUCUUUUAUGUGCAAAUGCAGAUGGUACUCAUAAGUUAAAGUCAAUCAUUAUUGGAAAAUCAAAGCUGCCCAGAAGUGUAAAAGAGGACACAUGUACAUUACCUGUGAUAUACAAACCUAGUAAAGAUGUUUGGUUCACCAGAGAAUCGUUUUCAGAAUGGUUUUUUCAAAACUUUGUUCCUGAGGUCAAGCACUUUCAAGUUAAUGUUCUAAGAUUCCAUGAGGAGGAUGUCAGGGCCUUGUUACUUCUGGACAAUUCUCCAGUUCACCCUUCCACUGAAUCACUAACCAGUGAGGAUGGUCGAAUAAAAUGCAUGUUCUUUCCCCAUGACACUUCAACCUUGAUUCAGCCAAUGAAUCAGGGUGUGAUCUUGAGCUGCAAACGACUUUACAGGUGGAAGCAACUUGAGGAGAGUCUUGUAAUUUUUGAAGAAAGUGAUGAUGAGCAAGAUAAAGGAGAAAAAGGAGUUUCCAAGAUUAAAAUCUACAACAUAAAAAGUGCAAUUUUUAACUGGGCAAAGAGUUGGGAUGAAGUAAAACAAAUAACCAUAGCAAAUGCGUGGGAAAAUCUUCUUCACAAAAAGGAACCUGAAUAUGAUCUUCAAGGCUUAGAAGAUGGGGAUUAUAGAGAAAUUCUUGAGAAAUGUGGGGAGUUGGAAACCAACCUGGAUGACGACAGGGUGUGGUUAAAUGGGGAUGAAGAAAAGGGCAGCCCCCCGCAAACAAAAGGUGGAAUUACAAAGGAAGUUGUUCAAAAAGUGGGAGCUGAGGAGCAGACUGCUGAAUUUAAGUUAUCUGCUGUAAGAAAGAGUUUGGACUACCUUCUUGACUUUGUUGAUGCAACACCUGAGUUUCAAAGGUUCCAUUUUACACUGAAAGAGAUGCAACAAGACAUAAUCAAGAAGCAGUUCCAGAGUAGAAUCCAUUCUAGAAUUGGUAGCUUUUCGAAACGUAGGCCUCAUAAUAUUAAGGAUUCCUUCAAUAUGCCUUCAACUUCUGGUUGUAGUAAUUAGAUAUUGUGUUUAAAGAUUUCUGCAGUUACGUAAUGAUACAUGAAUUAGACUUGUUGUGAACUGUCAUUGUUUUUAUCAACUGACCUCACUUUGCACAGCAAUGCCCGUUUAUAUUAUUUAUAA